UGAGAACCAGGAAGAUUUGUCUAUGAGUUUUCCGACCAUUCAUGGUUUAAAAACAGUACGUGUAUUUAAAUGUUAACUUCGACUUUAUGUAACGCUUGGUUUUACACACUUCUUUGGAGACGAUCAGACUGUACGAGACGGAUCACGAAGAAGAAAUCGACACACAAAGAAAACAUUUGUUAAUGGUGCUUUACAAAACAUGACGGAGCAGAUGAAUUGUAUUGAGGAGAUAGAUGGGGGGAAUGCCACCUUUCCACAACUGCAGUUCCUAACGCAUUUGUCUUCUGGUCUAGAGGAAAUUCUGAACAGUACUCAGCACGCUGACGUCACCAUUCAGGUUGACGAGCGCGAAUACCCAUGCCACAAAGUGAUACUGUCGGCCAUGUCCCCAUAUUUCGAGGCCAUGUUCACCCACGACAUGAAGGAAAAUCGAGAAAGUGUCGUGAGACUACACGACAUAGAGCCAGGAAUCUUCGAAAAUUUGCGCACGUUCAUGUACACGGGAAAAGCCAAUGUCAAUGAGGAAAAUGCCGAGAAAAUUUUCCGCGCCUCAUCUCUAAUGCAGAUCCCCUGCUUGCAACAACGCUGCGAAGAUUUUUUACUCUCUCAAAUCUCGCACGAAAACUGCAUCGGAAUAUGGAAAAUAGCGAAAGCUCACGCUUGUCAGAAACUCAGCGAAAAGGCCUGGGACACGAUUCUGGAGAAUUUCCAGACCGUGUGUACCACGGAAGACUUCCUACGACUUGAUAUAGACGAACUUGUUUGCAUUUUGCAGGACGACAAUUUGAAAUCUCCGACAGAAGAGUUUAUAUGUGACGUUGCUUUUGAAUGGAUUGACUACGAUAAGCAGCGACGGCGUCAGAACGUGUGCGAGAUCAUGCCGGCACUGCGACUUCCGCUGGUAUCCUCCGAUUACUUAUUCCACGUGUUCUACGCUAACGAGGAAGUCCAGAACAGCCCUGAGUGUCGGUCAGUGAUGGGGGAGGCACUGCGCUACCAAUCCUGUCAUUCAAAGCGCCAGGACUUUACGUCGAUUCGAUGCACGCGGAGGUUGACCAGUAAAAGCGACGACGUCCUGAUCGUCAUAGGAGGACUGUUGUCGACAACUCCUCGAUACCAAACCACGAAAGAGGUUCUUUGCUUUAGCUUCCAGCAACAGAAAUGGUUUUAUCUCCCUUCUCUACCGUACGAUCCUGGCUACGAAUUCGCCGCCUGUACCCAUGGCGACAGUAUAUUUGUCUCCGGUGGAUGGUUGAAACUCCAAGGCCUUGCGGAAUUCAAAACCCACAAAAAUGAAUGGAAGAUCUGCGAAACCAUGACAAACGGAAGAUGCGGUCAUGUUAUGGUUUCCGUGGCACACUCCAUCUUUGUCCUGGGUGGAAGAGACGGACGGGCACCUGCCAUGACAAAUAUAGAAGAAUUUAAUCUGCAGACUGAAAAAUGGUCUAUGGCUGGAGAUCUCCAUAUAGGAGUAAGAUCGACGUCCGCUUCAACCAUUGGAGAAAAAAUAUUUAUAUUUGGCGGGAUUACUGAAUCAGAUAAAGAUACGAUGUCAGUGCAGUGCUUUGACACUAGGCUCCAUUGUACCAGCGUUAUAGGCGAUCUCCCGUUCACGUGUCGACUAACACGUACGGUCAGUUUAGAUAUGUGUGUUUACGUUCUAGCUCCGGACGGCAGGGUACUAGAAUUCUGUGAUCCUACACUAAGUAUCAUUUCCCACAAUGUUUCGAGGCCAAGAUCACGCUGUGAUUCGUCUGAUUCGACCGACGUGACCGUGACGUCAACGGAACCUUACACGGUAACCACGUCGUUAGCCCCUGUGCUUGGGAAAUUGCUCUGCCGCAUACCCAAUUUCAGCCAGCAUCAUUUUGAGGUGAUCCAACAUCGUGGUGAUGUAUUGCUGGUUGGUGGUAAAACUCCGGACAACACCAUUUUGAAGAAUAUUAUUCAAAUCAACGUCCACAAUAAAGGUGACGACAAAAUCUCGGACCAGACAUCGCUGGAGAUGCCGUCUGCGCGCUGGUGUUUCGGUUGUGUGAAAACCGUUGUUCCACGUGACUAUCUAAACAAUGAGAUUAGAAAUUGAGAGAGAGAGAGAGAGAGAGAGAGAGAGAGAGAGAGAGAGAGAGAGAGAGAGAGAGAGAGAUGCAAUCAGACAGAUUUCAAGAUGUUUUAAUUUGGAACUCCUUCUAUUCGACAAGUAGUGUAUAAUAGCUUUUUGACAAGAAGCGCUUUCAAAUGACAGUGUCUUUCACAUUUAGUGCAAUGCAUUUGUUGUUGUUUUUUUCUGCUGUUGUUUAUUUUUGUUUUAUGUUUUGUACCCCCCCCCCCAAUGCAGUGUUUGUUGUUCUGCUGUUUCAAAGCCUGUAUUUAAACCAAUCACUUUGGGCUUUUUACUGUUUUUAAAUACGAUGGAAUUUUCUUAUGAAUAUUCUGUUCAUUUUAAUAGGAUGCAGUCACUCCUCACUCUUUUUGUUUCAUCGUUUUUAAAACCGUUAUAUUUUGUAUAUUUCCCAAUGGCGUCACCUGUCAUUCCACGCUUCCCGUUUCUCUGUUGUUUGGAUGUUGCCAUAUCAUUUGCAUCAUUUGAUUUAGUAACCAUUUUUUUUUUUAAAUUGUAUACAUGUACAUUAUGCCGUGUAGUGUAUUGACUAAUGAAAAAUGUAUUCGGACAGGAAAAAGUAUGUGUAGUGUUAUCAGUUUUGUAUAAUAAAAGAAAAUAAAAUUUUA